UCCUUUAUGAAAAGGGCUUAAAUUAUUGAGCCAGCAGUUCGUAGGUCUAGGUCAAUGCUAUAUUUAUUAAUAGAAUUCAGUAUCCAAAGAUUAAGGACAAGUUGUGUGAUUAUUAAGAAAUAUCGAAGAAAGAAGAUCUGGCAUGUGCUUACCAUAUUUAAAUCUGCAAACCAUAUUUGCAUCAUGCCUUUCUAAUCUACCUCAUCAUCAUCUUAUUCAUCUUCUUUCCUUUUAAAUCUUCGUACACUUCAUGUUUCACAAGUCAUUGAUACGAAAUCACUUAAGUGUCAUUUAUUCAUACAUCUUCUUAGCCAGUUGAAGUGUGUAAGCUGAACCACAUUGAUACGAAAUCACUUAAGUGUCAUUUAUUCAUACAUCUUCGUACACUUCCUUCAAAGACGAGUAGUCAUGGAUGUCAAUGUUGAAAGUGGAGCAGAAAAAAUACUUGAGGGAAAAUUCAAAGCAAUAGCAAUUUGCUUCGUUCUUGGAAUUGGAUCCCUUGUUUCCUGGAACAGCAUGUUGACGAUAGGAGAUUACUAUUACAUACUGUUUCCCAAAUAUCAUCCUGCAAGGGUACUCACACUGGUCUAUCAACCAUUUGCAAUUGGGACAAUGAUAAUCAUGGCAUACUAUGAGUCGAAGAUCAACACUAGAAUACGAAAUUUGGCUGGAUUUGCUCUCUUCUUUGUUAGUACUUUCCUUGUUCUUGUGGUGGAUCUAGCAACAUCAGGGAAAGGUGGAAUUGGACCUUAUAUUGGUAUAUGUGUGCUAGCUGCUUGCUUUGGAAUAGCAGAUGCUCAGGUUGAAGGUGGCAUGGUAGGAGAUCUGUGUUUUAUGUGCCCUGAGUUUAUCCAGUCCUACCUUGCUGGUUUGGCAGCAUCAGGGGCUCUAAUUUCUCUUUUGAGAAUUCUGACCAAGGUGGCUUUCGAGAAAUCUAAUAAUGGACUUCGCAAGGGAGCAAUAUUAUUCUUGGCUAUCUCCACAUUCAUCGAGUUAGUUUGUAUAGUCCUGUAUGCAAUCUGCUUCACCAAAUUGCCCAUAGUGAAAUAUUACCGUUCAAAAGCAGCGUUAGAAGGAUCAAAAACUGUUUCAGCUGACCUUGCUGCUGCGGGCAUUCGAACAAAGACUGAUGAUGAAGUUGGAUUUGAUAACAAACAACAAGAAGAGAGGUUGGGCAACAAACAGUUAUUUCUUCAGAACAUUGAUUAUGCACUUGACUUAUUUCUUAUAUAUGCGAUAACAUUGUCGAUCUUCCCUGGAUUUUUGUAUGAAAAUACUGGAACACAUCAGUUAGGCACGUGGUACCCAGUUGUUUUGAUUGCUAUGUAUAAUGUGGUGGAUUUUAUAUCAAGAUAUAUUCCCCUUGUGCCAUGGCUGAAGUUGGAAUCAAGAAAGGGUCUACUAAUAGCAACACUUGCUCGAUUCUUGCUGAUCCCAGCGUUCUACUUCACAGCAAAAUAUGGUGACGAAGGAUGGAUGAUCUUGCUUGUGUCUUUCUUAGGACUAACCAAUGGUUAUCUCACAGUUUGUGUACUUACUGUGGCACCAAGAGGUUACAAGGGUCCUGAGCAGAAUGCUUUGGGUAAUUUGCUUGUUUUGUGUCUUUUAAGUGGCAUAUGUGCUGGAGCUGUUCUUGACUGGUUGUGGAUCAUAGGUAAAGGAUCAUUCUGAAGAAUCAUACACCAAAUGUAUGUAUAUUCAUUGCUAUUGUUAUUGCCGAACCCUCAGUCGGUUUCUUUGACCUUGUAGUUUCAAUCUUCAUAAAUCAAUAUGUACAGGUCUUGCAUUGAA